AUGUUGGAUGCUUCUUUGGUUAAUAUUAACCACCGUGCAAGGAUUUUCACACAUGCUAGUUUCAUUACUACUACUGAAACUAAUAGGAAUUGGAUCGCUGAGGAGUUGCGGAGUCUAGGGAGGCUUGUGCUUGACAGCGAUAGAAUAGUGAAGCUUGGGGAUUUCGGUGUUUCAGCUUGUGUAUUUGACAAGGGUGGCAGGCAACGCUCAAGGGAUACUUUUAGUUGGCCCAUGGACCAUGGUCAUGCUUCCUUCUCGAAGUACCAUCCGAUAAAGGUGGUUGGGGCUGCAGUACUUGUGAAUGGCUGGCUAUCUGAUUUAGACCUACAACGGUUAUCCACAAUGGAAAACUACUGGCACAGAACAGUGAACCACACUAAUUUGGUUACGUUUCAGGAACUUCUGGAAAAGUGUAAAGAUAUGCAAGAGGCAAUAUGCAUUCAAUUUCAGGCACACCAAGCUGCUAAUGGAGAUGCCACACAUGCGGUGUCAGAGACUUAG